CGCUCAGAGAAAGUGCCACGACUCUGCAGCAGCAGCCUGACAGACUCCGCUGAGGUGAGAAAACUCUGAGAAACUCAGGUAAAGCGCUUUUAUUUCACCGCUGCUGCCUCGGAAUUCAACUACAGACUCAGACUGAACAGACUUCCUGUGGGACACUCUGAUCAGUCAUGGACAUCACCGACCCGCAGACUCUCGGCUUCAUGGUCUUUGGAGGCUUCAUGGUCAUCUCGGCGGUGGGCAUCGCCCUCGUCUCCACCCUCUCCAUGAAGGAGACGUCGUAUGAGGAGGCGCUGGCGAAACAACGACGGGAGCUCGUCCAAGCCCAGAACCAGAGAUUGGAGAAGAAGAAGAAGGACAAGACUCUGGAGAAGAAGAGCAAAGCCAAGAAGAGGGAGGACCGACCCGAUGGUAAGAUACAGGAAGCUGGCAGCGAUGGCAGCGAGGAGCCGGUGACCUGUACAGAACCAGAAUCUGACCCUGAACCUGCUGUGGAACCUGAUGCUGCACCUGAACCCAAACCAACACCUGAACCAGAACCAGAGCCCCCUGUAAUCACCUCUGACAAGUCUUCUCCAGCUCCCUCAUCAAAGGAGAAGAAGAAGAAAGCCCGGACGGAGCCUCCUUCUGUGGUGGAAACUGUCACUAAGGAAGUUCUGGUUCUGGCUGCAGCCCCGGUGGUGGAUGUUCCUCCGGUGAAGGUUGUUGCUGAAGUCGCUAAAGAACCAUCAGCUGCCAAAACUGAAGAACCCAAAGAGACCUUGAGCAAGAAGAAGAGGUCCAAGAGCAAACCUGAGACAGUGUCUGUCACCAAAACUGCUGCCCACUCCCGGCUCCUGCCGUACGCCGACCUGCUGUCCACCGUGUCCAACAUGACACUCAGUGACGAAGAGACGCACAAACUAUUGGAGGUCCUGAACCAGAAGGCUGGGGUCCGCCAUGACUCCUGGCAGCUGGCCUGUCAGAAAGGAGACCCGUUGUCCACUCUCAAGAAACAGCUGGAGGAGAAAGAGAGGCUGCUGACCGCAGAGCAGGAGGUCGCCACCACCGCCAAGAGCCGCCUCCGAGAGAUCAGCAAGGAACUUGGUGCAGAGAAAUCCAAGAUGGCGUCCUUGGAGGCCCAUCUGAAGGCAGAGCUGAGAGCUCGGGUUCAGGAGGUAGACACCUUGAAGACCAGGAUGCAGACCGCAGACCAGGAGCACCUGAAACACACCCAGCAGCUCAACCACAAGAUCGUGAGUUUGCAGGAACAGCUGGAGAACGGCCCCAAUGCUCAGCUGGCCCGACUGCAGCAGGAGAACUCAAUCCUACGAGACGCCCUGAACCAAGCAACCAGCCAGGCCGAGAGCAGACAGAAUGCAGAGCUGGCUCGUCUCAGGCAGGACUGUGUCCGUCUGAAUCGGGAGUUGUCCGAGCGGACCGACGCUCUUCGGGCUGAUGAGGCGCGCAGGAAGAGCCUGGAGGAAAAGAUGGCAGCCGCCGAGCUGGUCCAUGCAGACACUGAACGCUCUCUACAGCAGCGACUGGAGGAAGUCUCUUUGCAGCUGAGCGCGUCACAGCAGGAAACUGCUGCUGUUAGCGAGCUGCAGGGGGUGCUGGCGUCCCGAGAGGUGGAGCUGCAGGAGCUGAAGACUCAGCUGGAAAACCAGGCUGCAGUCCAGGUGGAGAACUCGUCUGACGUGGACCAGCUGAAGAUCUGUGUGCAGCGCAGGGACGAGCAGGUCGUUGCUCUGGAGGCGGAGCUUACACAGUUGAGGGAGGAGCUACAGCUGCUGACAUCAUCACAGUCGCAGAGAGCGAAGGAGGAUGAAGCUGAAGCAGCAGCUGCAGAUCAGACGCUGAAAGACGGAUCAGGAAGUGAGACAGAGUCUGAGCAGCCGUUUGAAAGCCUGGAGGAAGACUCUCAGCUGCUUCGUCUAGAGGAGGAACUCCAGCAGCUCAGAGAUGAACUGCAACAGACUCGUAACCACGGCAACGAGCUUCAGGAGAAAAUGGCGGUGUCAGCAGAGGCAUUAACGACGGCUGAGCGACUGAUGGAGCAGAGAGAGGCGGAGCUUAAAGCAGCGCUGACUGAAGCAGAGUCCAGGUUUGAGUCCCUGCGUUCGGACUUCCAGGCAUCGCUGCAGGUUCUGUUUCCUGGUGUCUCUGUGGAGGCAGAGCAGAGAAACUGGCUCCACCAUUUCACCCAGAAAGUUCAGGAGAGUAAAUGUGAAGCAGAGCGGUCUCACUCUGAGUUGCAGUUGAGGCUGAACGAGGCCGAACAGAAACACAUCGAGCUGCAGGCAGAGCUGGAUCAGAGCAGGAAGCUGCUGCAGGAGACAGAGGCGGAGCUUCAGUCUCUGCAGCGACGCUCUGAGGACGAAGAAAACAUCUGGAAGAGUAAAGUGUCUGAGGCUGAACACCAGAGACAAACACUCCUGGAUCGACUGAAGCAGCUGGAGGAUGAAGCUCAGCUGAAGACGACGGAGACAGAAAACACUCAGCAGCUGAAGGAGCAGCUGAUGCUGUUGGAGGCUCAGCUGGAGAAACAGCUGGAGGAGGCCAGUGUCACCCAGAGCUGCACUGAGGAGCUCGCUCAGGUUCAGUCUCAGCUGCAGCAGAUGUCCAUCAGGUUGCAGUCGGAGCAGCAGCAGCGACAGCAGCUGGAACAAGAGCUGCAGCAGGCUCGUCAGGAAGUGCAGCAGCUGCAGCAGCAGAUGGAGGCUGACCAGAGGUCUGCUGCUCUGCUCAAGGAGGCGACUGUGGAGGUGAAGGAGGAGACGUCAGUGUGAAUCCAGGUUCUUCCCUUGUGAUUCAACUCCUUCUGAAAUCAGACUUCAGGUCUGAACAAAGGAUGAAAAGUGACCAAAGUUUCUAUUUUACAGUGAAGUUUAAUAAAAACAGCUCAUCAGUGUUAUUAUUUCACAUCAUGUCUCUGCUUCUCACUGUGACAAAUAAACUGUCUGACUGUUGACUGUUAA